GCCCCCAUGUGGGUGGGGCAGCAAACAAAUUACUAAUCCAUUCCCCACUUGCUCUCAAGUUCAGAAGCCUCCUGGCAGACACUGGAGCCACGAUGAAGCCCCCAGGGCCUGUCCGUACCUGCAGCAGAGUUCUGGUCCUGCUCUCACUGCUGGCCAUCCACCAGACCACCACCGCCCAAAAGAAUGGUAUCGACAUCUACAGCCUCACCGUGGACUCCAGGGUCUCGUCCCGAUUUGCCCACACGGUCGUCACCAGCCGAGUGGUCAAUAGGGCCAGUACUGUGCAGGAGGCCACCUUCCAGAUGGAGCUGCCCAAGAAAGCCUUCAUCACCAACUUCUCCAUGAUCAUCGAUGGCGUGACCUACCCAGGGAUCAUCAAGGAGAAGGCCAAAGCCCAGGCGCAGUACAGCGCAGCAGUGGCCAAGGGAAAGAGCGCUGGACUUGUCAAGGCCACCGGGAGAAACAUGGAGCAGUUCCAGGUGUCAGUCAGUGUGGCUCCCAAUGCCAAGAUCACCUUUGAGCUGGUCUAUGAGGAACUGCUCAAGCGGUGUCUGGGGGUGUAUGAGCUGCUGCUGAAAGUGCGGCCCCAGCAGCUGGUCAAGCAUCUGCAGAUGGACAUUCAUAUCUUCGAGCCCCAGGGCAUCAGCUUCCUGGAGACAGAGAGCACCUUCAUGACCAACCAGCUGGUAGACGCCCUCACCACCUCGCAGAAUAAGACCAAGGCUCACAUCCAGUUCAAGCCAACGCUCUCCCAGCAGCAAAAGUCCCCAGAGCAGCAAGAAACAGUCCUGGACGGCCACCUCAUCAUCCGCUAUGAUGUGGACCGGGCCGUCUCCGGGGGCACCAUUCAGAUCGAGAAUGGCUACUUUGUACACUACUUUGCCCCCGAGGGCCUAACCACAAUGCCCAAGAAUGUGGUCUUUGUCAUUGACAAGAGCGGCUCCAUGAGUGGCAGGAAAAUCCAACAGACCCGGGAAGCCCUAAUCAAGAUCCUGGAUGACCUCAGCCCCAGAGACCAGUUCAACCUCAUCGUCUUCAGUACAGAAGCAACUCAGUGGAGGCCAUCACUGGUGCCAGCCUCAGCUGAGAACGUGAACGAGGCCAGGAGCUUCGCUGCCGGCAUCCAGGCCCUGGGAGGGACCAACAUCAAUGAGGCGAUGCUGGUGGCUGUGCAGUUGCUGGACAGCAGCAACCAGGAGGAGCGGCUGCCCGACGGGAGCGUCUCGCUCAUCAUCCUGCUCACCGAUGGCGACCCCACCGUGGGGGAGACUAACCCCAGGAGCAUCCAGAAAAACGUGCGGGAAGCUGUAAGUGGCCGGUACAGCCUCUUCUGCUUGGGCUUCGGCUUCGACGUCAGCUAUGCCUUCCUAGAGAAGCUGGCACUGGACAACGGUGGCCUGGCCCGGCGCAUCCAUGAGGACUCGGACUCUGCCCUGCAGCUCCAGGACUUCUACCAGGAAGUGGCCAACCCACUGCUGACAGCAGUGACCUUCGAGUACCCAAGCAAUGCCGUGGAGGAGAUCACUCAGAACAACUUCCGGCUCCUCUUCAAGGGCUCAGAGAUGGUGGUGGCUGGGAAGCUCCAGGCCCAGGGGCCUGAUGUGCUCACAGCCACAGUCAGUGGGAAGCUGCCUACGCAGGACAUCACUUUUCAAACCGAGUCCAGCGUGGCAGAGCAGGAAGCAGAGUUCCAGAGCCCCAAGUAUAUCUUCCACAACUUCAUGGAGAGGCUCUGGGCAUACCUGACUAUCCAGCAGCUGCUGGAGCAGAUUGUCUCCGCAUCUGACGCUGAUCAGCAGGCCCUCCGGACCCGAGCGCUGAAUUUAUCGCUUGCCUACAGCUUUGUCACACCUCUCACAUCUAUGGUAGUCACCAAACCCGAAGACCAAGAGCAGUCUCAAGUUGCUGAGAAGCCCGUGGAAGGCGAAAGUAGAAACAGGAACGUCCACUCAGGUUCCACUUUCUUCAGAUAUUAUCUCCAGGGAGCAAAAAUGCCAAAACCAGGACUUGACCACACAGAGGCUUCCUUCUCUCCAAGAAGAGGAUUGAGUAGACAAGAGAAGACUGCAUCUGUCAACUUCUCCAAAGCUGGAGCUGCUGGCUCCCUGUUGAAUUUCGGAUCCGGGGUUCUCAGCUCGGGGCAACUUGGACCCCCAGGACCUCCUGAUGCUCCUGACCGUGCUGCUCUCCAUCCCUUCCGCCGUCUGGCCAUCUCACCACCAGCCACCUCAAAUCCUGAUCCAGCUGUGUCUCAUGUCACGAAUACCAAAAUCAAAGAAGCAACCAUGACAGCCCAAACCCCAGCCCCCAUACAGGCUCCCUCCGCCAUCCUGCCACUGCCUGGGCAAAGCGUGGAGCAGCUCUGUGUGGACCCCAGACAUCACCAGGGGCCAAUGAACCUGCUCUCAGACCCUGAGCAAGGGGUUGAGGUGACUGGCCAGUAUGAGAGGGAGAAGGCUGGGUUCUCAUGGAUUGAAGUGACCUUCAAGAACCCUCCGGUCCGGGUUCAUGCAUCCCCUGAACACGUGGUGGUAACUCGGAACCGAAAAAGCUCUGAGUACAAGUGGAAGGAGACGCUGUUCUCAGUGAUGCCCGGCCUGAAGAUGACCAUGGACAAGACGGGCCUCCUGCUGCUCAGUGACCCAGACAAAGUGACCAUCGGCCUGUUGUCCUGGGAUGGCCGUGGGGAGGGGCUCCGGCUGCUUCUGCGCGACACUGGCCGCUUCUCCAGCCACGUUGGCGGGUCCCUUGAGAGCGCAGGCUGGAUUACCAGGAGGGAGCCCCGGGAGUGGAGAUUUCCUGCUGGUCUGUGGAGCUGUAGUUCUGAUGGAAGGAGCUGUGUCCAGCCUGUACGAUUGGCUGCCCCCUUGCAACUGCAGGGCCGCUUCUGGGGCCUGGACCACCAUGGGGGGGAAAAGGUCCCACUCAUUACAAAUAAAGAAAGGUGGUGUGAGCCCGGGAAGUGGGUGUCUCUGGUUCCCUGUGGCCAAACCCUAGGGCCUCAGCCUUGCAUCCUGAACCUUUAGCAUCAUGGAACACUGAAGCUUCCACUGUCAGCUCUCAAGGGCCCAUGGCCAGGAGGGCGCAUGCUGAACUUUCAGUCCAGCCCCUUCACUUUACAAACAAGGAAACUGAGCUCUAACCACCCAUUUGAGAUGUCACUCCCGCCCCCAGCUAGGGGCCCAGGGCUGGAAGCAUUCUCCAGGAGCAGAGGUUCAGUCUUGACUACAAAAAAAAAGAGUGAACGGGGUUGGAAUUCUUUCUAGUCCAGCUCCUAAACUUUCUCAGUGAGCUUUUGGAGCUCUCUGCAAUGAGAUUUGCUUUACACAAUCUGAUUUUCACAGCUGUGCUGAGGAGCAGACCUGUCUGCUCGUUGUCUUGUAAGGAAGCACCGAGUCUUCGAAGGAGACACAGAGGCGAGGCCCCAGGUGCAGCAGGGAAAUAGGCCUGUUCCCAGGAACCUCUCGUCUAAUGGGGCUGAUCUGGGUCCCAACUCUAAAUCCUGUGCUGUUGAGGGUCUCCUUCCCUGUUCUUGCCCCAGAGUUAGGCACCCCAAAGAUUCCACCAAUUCCUGUAUGGGCAACGUAUACUUUAAAAAAUUUAUGGCUGGGUGUAGUGGCUCACACCUGUAAUCCCAGCACUUUGAGAGGCCAAGGCGGGAGGAUCGAUUGAGUCCAGGAAUUUGAGACCAACCCGGGCAACAUGAUGAAACUCCAUCUCUACAAAAAAUACAAGUUAGCUGGCAUGGUGGUACAUGCCUGUAGUCCCAGCUACUUGGGAGACUGAGGUUGGAGGAUUGCUUGAGCCUGGGAGGUCAUGGCUGCAAAGAGCUGUGAUUAUGCCACUGCAUUCCAGUCUGGGCAGCAGAGCAAGACCCUGUGUCAGAGAAGAAACAAAAAUUACUAUUACCCCACCUACUUCUGAAAAAAGGAUAUGAGUCUAUGGCUCACCAAUAAAAAGCUUAAAGAGAAUAAAACCAAAA